AUCUCGCUAACUCCCAGCAAGAAAACCACUAUCAUCAUGACCGGACGAGGCAAGGGCGGAAAGGGGCUCGGAAAGGGUGGCGCCAAGCGUCAUCGCAAGGUGUUGCGUGAUAACAUCCAGGGUAUCACCAAGCCUGCCAUCCGUCGUCUUGCUCGCCGUGGAGGUGUCAAGCGUAUCUCUGGUCUGAUCUACGAAGAAACCCGUGGUGUCCUCAAGGUGUUCCUCGAGAACGUGAUCCGUGACGCCGUCACCUACACCGAGCACGCCAAGAGGAAGACCGUCACCGCCAUGGACGUCGUCUACGCUCUCAAGCGCCAGGGACGUACCCUGUACGGUUUCGGAGGUUAAGUGUCUUGACCGACAACAUCUACCAUCAAAACCAACAACCCCCACCAAACCAAAAACCUUGGACCUAUUUUAGGUCCUACAAAUACUCAUAAAGAGGAUACAAUUUGAUACCCAUCUAUCUAUCUU